AAAAAAAGAAAAAAAAAAGAAAGCCCACAAGAGAUUGGACUUACCUCCCUUAUCAAAGCAUCCGUUUGGAAAGACCAUAAUAAACAAGCUUCAUACCGUAGAUCCAAAGGUAGUGGUACAUGUAUAUUAAAUUUUGCAAUCUGAAGCCACCCAUUUCAACUUAAUGCAUCGAGUUGUUCGUCUGUUAGCUUUGAUUAAAUUCAGUGGAAAUAAUCUUAAACAUUCUGUUACUAAGAACCAGUCUGGUUUUAGAUAUCAUUCCAGUCAGAGUGUAAUUAAAGAGAGAGACAUGAAGAUUCGAAUUAUCCCAGCACUAGAAGAUAAUUACAUGUAUCUAUUAAUAGAUGAAAAGACAAAUCAAUGUGCAGCUAUAGAUCCAGUAGAACCAAAAAAGAUUCAGGCAGCCGUUCAAGAAGAAAAGGUCAAAUUAACAUCAGUUCUUACAACACAUCAUCACUGGGAUCAUGCUGGUGGAAAUGAACAGUUAGUAGAUUUGAUGGGUAAAGUAAACGUAUAUGGUGGAGAUGACAGAAUAGGAGCCUUAACUCAUAAAGUUAAACAUGGAGAAAAUUUUAAGAUUGGUGAAUUAGACAUUAAGUGUUUAUCGACACCAUGUCAUACAAGUGGCCAUAUUUGUUAUUUUGUAACCAGUUCCACCAAUCAACAACCAGCUGUGUUUACAGGUGAUACGUUGUUUGUGGCAGGAUGUGGGAAAUUUUUUGAAGGAACACCAGAACAGAUGCACCAUGCUUUAAUUGAAGUUUUAGCUAAAUUACCAUCAAAUACAACAAUUUAUUGUGGUCAUGAAUACACAGUCAGUAAUCUACGAUUUGCCAGCAACAUCGAACCAGAUAAUCCGGAUGUACAGAAUAAACUGGAUUGGUCCAAGAAACAAAGAUCAGAGAGACAAGUAACAAUACCAUCAACAAUACAAGAGGAACUAACCUUUAAUCCAUUUAUGAGAGUCAGUGUUGCUAGUGUACAGAAAAAGGUUGAAGGAAAGGAUGAAGUGGAUACGAUGGGAAAACUUAGAGAAGCUAAAAAUAGAUUUAAAGUUUAAGUCUUUAAGUAUGUACCGUAAGCUAAAUAAUUAAGGAAAUGGUGGAUCUUUCGUGAUUUACUGACAGAAGAAAACUAUAAUUCUAUACUUUAAUUACAAAAAUUAAAAUAGAGUAUCAAGAUAAUUGGAAUGAAUUUAUCCUUUACUUUACAGUAGAUAUUAAAACAGGAAUUAUUUUCUGUUAUACAAAAUUCCUGAUUAAUGGCACUGAUUCUUGUGAUUGUUGUUGUUAAAGAAAUUAUUAUUGUCAAGGAUUUUUAGCCAAUAAUUAGUGAAACAUUUACAACAAAUUGAAUUUGUAUAUUUUGUAUUUGAUAACUUGUAACACGAUAUAUAAAAAUAAAUGAUAAUUUUUUAAUUAAAAAAAUUUAAAUAAUAAAGAUUUUUUUUAUUAAAAUAUAUAUUUAAAAAUCUUGAUAAAACCAUCGUGCUAUAAUUACUAAGAGAAGUGUAACAGUCUAUGAUAAUAAUUGUGCAAAUGUAAUUAUAAUUUCUGUGAUUAUUCAAUUAGUUAACCCAUUAGAACCUGGUACUUGUAAAUAUUUACAACUCUGUUUACUAAAAAAACCAGAGGAAAGUGAUGAUUUUUUA